AUGGUGAUAGAAGGAAUGGGAGGGGCGGAUCGCCGUGACAAAGGCACGGGCGUCGCCGGCGCAUCGUCCACCAGUGGCGCCGCUGGUAGGAGCACGGCGACAGAUGGUGCUGUUGAGGUGGUCACUCAAGGAGGGAGACGGGUGAAAUUAACAAGAAUAAUUGAGAACCCUUGGAGCCAUGGUGAGCCUCUUGGGAACGGCUUUAGCUACAAUUAUUGCCCUGCUCGCAUUAAGGGUGGAGGUGUGAACCGUCUAAGGGAGCAUUUGGGUGGAUUGCCUGGUAAUGUGGUAGCCUGCAAAAAUGUGCCACUUAAUGUUAAGGCAUUAAUGACGGAUGAAGUGGCAAUCUGGAGAGUAAGGAGGAAGCGAAAUAAGAACCUUCGUCUCUAUGUUGAAAAGGAGGUUAUGAAAGCAAACAGAGAUUUUGGGACUUUUGGCAGGGCAAGAAUUCCUCCUGAUGAAGCAGGACAGAUUGAGAUGGCGAUGAGAGAGUCAUUGAGGGAACAUGCCAACACUUCGCCUUUUGGUAGGACUGGCGGUAGUGGGUCUACAAGUUGUUCAGCUAAUCAACAAAGUACACUUGACAGGUUCUACCAAAGCCAAAGUGUUUCACAAGAUCCCUUUGACAUAGAUUUGGCACGCAACAGGGCACAAGCGCAGCCUCAGGUGGACAUUAUGCUCAUGGGGGAUGGCAAAGAGAAGCUUGGGAAAGCUUUGGCCAAGUGGUUUCAUGCCAAUGAUAUUCCAGGAAGAAAAGCAGACUGUCCGUACUUUCGAUCAGCCAUUAAAUUAGCCCAACAGCUUGGAGAAGGAGUGCACAUUCCUAUUGGAAGAGAAAUAGAUGGCCCAUUGCUUGAUAUGAACUAUGAAGACAUGGAGGCUCACAUGGCUGAAUUCAAGGAUGAAUGGGGUGACUAUGGAGUUACCAUCAUGUGUGAUUCAUGGACAAGUCCUACCAUGAUGUGCAUUAUUAAUUUUAUGAUCUUUUGCAAUGGACGCAUGUUCUUCCACAAGUCUAUAAAUGCAAUUGGUUCUAUCCAAAAUGCAGAUUUUAUUUAUGAUUGCCUUAGAGAGGUGGUUGUUGAGGAGAUUGGGGCUAAGGUUGUCGUUCAGAUUGUCACAGAUAAUGGCUCUAACUACAAGAAAGCAUGUUGGUAGCUCAUUGCUCAGUAUCCACAUAUUACUUGGCAGCCAUGUGCAGCUCAUACUAUCAAUUUGAUGUUGAAGGACAUAGGACGUUUUCCAGAGGUCACGGGAGUCAUGGACAGUGCAAAGCAAAU